AAGACUCUUACGGUAUCCGGUGCACCGACGCGUCACCUCGCGAGGAUCAUCGUGUUUUAUUGUUACGGUGGCAUUGUUUGCCAACCCGGACUUUCAGGGGAAAACGUUAUUCUGUUUAUUUCCGUUUCUGACGCCGAGGAGAGGGAAUUACAUCGGACUUGUUUUUGGUGGUUUUUUUGUUUGUCAACUAACUCCAGAAAAAGGAAAGUCGCCAUGGCAGAGACGUCGGCAGCUCCGGCCAAAGCCAAGAAGGCGGCCAUGCCCAAGAAACCCGCUUCUCACCCCAAAUACUCUGAGAUGAUCCGAGCGGCCAUCGCGCACGACGCCAGCCGGAGCGGCGCGUCGCGCCAGUCCAUCCAGAAGUUCGUGAGGAAGAGCUACAAGGUGGGCGAGAACGCCGACGUGCAGAUUAAAUUGGCCCUGAAGAGGAUGGUGGCGGACGGGAGCCUGCGCCACACCAGAGGCAACGGCGCCUCCGGAUCCUUCAGGUGGGCCAAACCGGACGACUCCAAGAAGUCCGCCAAGCCACCGCCACCGCCACCGGCACCGGCCAAGCCGAAGAAGGCGGCGAAGCCCUCCAAACCCAAGAAGGUGGUGAAGCCCAAGAAAGUUGCCAAGACGCCGGAAAAACCCAAGAAGGCAGCUGCGAAGAAAGUGAAGAAGGUCGUGAAGAAGGCGUCCCCGGUGAAAGCCAAGAAGUCCCCCGCGAAAAAAGCAGCCAAGGUGGCGAAGCCCAAAGCCGCGCGGAGGGUCCCCAAGCCCAAAGGGAAGACCCCCAAGAAGGCAGCCAAGCCAGCCAAGAAGAAGUAGAAGGACAUGAAGACAGUCACUGUACAUACUUAAGGAAAUGUUUUCGUAUAUGUAUUAUUUUUGUACGCUCUCAUGCAAACUUAUGCUAUUUUGACCAGUAGUUUCUCUCUAUUGAACUAUAGCUUCUAGAUGCUGUAGCAAUAUUUGUGAGCGUUUUUUUAUUUGGCGUUGAUAAUAUUAAUUUAUAUCCGAUCCUUGGACAUAUACUGGCUAGACUAGUCUUAAUAAGGAAAACACAUGUACAUACAGUUGGACUUGGGACGAGUCAUCGUUGAUGCAGGGGGUCAAACCGAAGAUAUCGUGAGACAAUGGAGAGCAUUGCUCUUUACAAUGCGCCACAGGUAGCUGCUGCUCUCUGGAUCCAGGCUCCAUUCCGUGGAUGUCCAGACGACUCGUCUCCAGAUGUCACGUGGUGUUCAGUCACCUUUAAAGACUGUUUACUGCAACCCAAUAAACCUGUCAUCUUCUACUAAA